GGGUUUCUAAGGAGACCUUAUUUUUCAGCAAGUGGCAUUGGCUUAGGAUCGUCUCCAAUCGUCUCUUAAGGUAGCGGAAAGCACGUUUAUGCGAUUUCUGCUGGCAGGUCUUGACGAUUCUCUUAACUCUAACGGAUUUUAGGUAGACCUUUAUUGAAGAAGUUAAGUAAUUCCAUAGUGAAAAGAAGGCAAUCAUGGGCGUGGAUGUCGAGGUUCUUUCUCCUGGUGAUGGUCAAACUUAUCCCAAAACAGGGCAAACUGUAGUCGUUCAUUACACAGGUACCUUGAACAAUGGGAAGGUAUUUGACUCUAGCAGGGACCGUGGAAAACCGUUUAAAUUUAGAAUCGGGAGAGGAGAGGUAAUUAAAGGUUGGGAUCAAGGUGUGGCUCAAAUGUGUGUUGGAGAACGUGCUAGGCUAACAUGUUCACCAGACUUUGCUUAUGGUAGUCGAGGACAUCCAGGAGUUAUUCCACCAAAUUCUGUUCUUAUCUUCGAUGUGGAGCUGCUGAAAGUGGAGCCUUAGAAUACUCUACAGAGUCUAUUUGUACCGACCAAACACCUAAAUAUCUGGAAACUAAGAAAACGCUUUGAAAUUUAUUACUUUAAGUAGUCAUUGUACAGACGGCACUUUGUACACAAUAAUUCAGUCGCUCAUAUCUUUAGAAAAAAAAAAUCAUUAUCUCUUUCUGAUUACAAUUUACCUUAGAAAUGUUAAUGGAAGGAGGACAGAAUAAAGGAAUGAAAAUAAAAACAAAUUAUAUU